UUGCUCAACAUAAGCCAAGGAAUGAUAAGUCAGCGACAAAGGUAAGCAUGUGCGCAGCGGAUAGCCCCGCGGCUACAGGCGCCUGCAUGAGAUCGUCACUCGGCCUCUUCCCACCUCCACAUGCCGCACAUGGCAAGUAGAGUAUGCUUCAUCGGACAUCACAACAGCUUCUUCGGCAACAUGACCUAGGAACAGAUUGGCCUUGAAUGACAUGGCGACAGCGGUGGCUCGGCCUGCUCAAGCGCUUCGACGCCGCGACGCGCCCCCACGACCAUCACUGCUCGGUAAGCGCACUCAUACGGCCGUGGAUGGGGAUGCUGCAACCAACAAGCGCCGCAAGUUCGAGGAGCCAUACGUGAUCACUAGCGAUUACAUCCUUAACAAGUUCAAAGGCAAGCCGCCCAGCACUGUCAUACAUCUUCACGAUGACUUCUUCCGCUUCAACGGCCAGGAAGGGAGCUGGGCGUACAACAGCCCUGCCAAACUCGUCUUGCAGCAUAUUAAGCGAGGCACCAUUCCUCAUGAGAUUCUUCCGGAGCUGUUGGCCGCAGGCGUUGUGUUCUACGAUGGCUGCCUGAUCGUCGAAGUGCACAACCACCGCACACCCAAGACUGGUAAAGCCGUUGGCCAGACCGGCGAGACGAAGGGCGCCGACGCCAAGUUUUCCAUGCACUCGUACAACGAGCAUGUCACGCCUAGCUCACUGGUGCCCUACCCGGCUGGCGCACGGACGGAUGAUGUGGAGGAAGCGAAAGACGUCGACGUGGCCGAAGAACCGCAAGCGGAUGCGCCUGAGCAGCCAACGGAAGGGGCGCAUAAGAUCUACACCACUGUCUGCCACCCGACAGCCCUUUCUCGACACGCCGACAUGCUGAUACUCGCCAACACACCGAAAGAAGAGCUCCGCCGUAAGGUUAAGAACAUGGCCGAAACGCCAACGAGCGCACAGCCGCCGACUCCAUCAACCGCCGUGCCACCCGCCCCGCAAAAGAUGGCCAUUGAACCAGGCGAGCGCAUCGCCAUUGAAGCGGAAAUGCUCAUGGCCACCCAGCCACCAUUAUAUCUUGGACCGGCUAAGAAUCCGCAAGAGGCGGAAAGAUUGCUAGCCAAGCUUAGACACCCGUUGCAUUCCGCUGAACCACCUCCACCAAAGAGUCGUAAGAGGACUACCGCAGAAAUGGCAGCCGAGGAUGCGCAGAAUGCAGAGCUCGAGCGUAGAAUGCUCCUCUUUGAUGACCGAAGACAGGCCAAUAGGGCCGGUGCCGGCGCAUCAUCGACCGACAACCAAGGAACUGCCGCAGCACUGGGGUUCUCGCGCUUCAAGACGAUUGAGAUGGUGCGACAGAAACACGAGGAGCAGGAGCGUCAUCGGAAGGAGGAGGAAGAACGCCGUGCCGCCGACAAGAGACAGCACGACGAACAGAAUGCGGCUCGGAUGGCGCAAAUGCAGCAAGCACAGCAAAAGCGGCAAGAGAUGAUUGCGGCUCAACAGGCCAUGGCGCAGAAUCAGGGUACUGCGCUUGCGCAGAGGCAGGCGUUGCUGAGAGCGCAGCAAGUCGAGCAACACCGCCAGCAGCAGGCCGCUGCGCAAGCCCAAGUCCAGGCCCAGGCGAGGGAGCACGGACAUCCGAAUGCAAACCAGAUGAUGCAGCAACAGCAACAGCAACAGCAACAGCAACAGCAGCAGCAGCAGCAGCAGCAGCAAAACUUCCAAAGUCAAACCCAGCAAAUUGGCAUGCAAGGCUCGCCAGUGAUGAGGCAGCAGACUCCGGCCAUGAUGAAUUCAAGUCCCAUGCUGCCAAACGGGGGAUUUCCCAUGGUGCCCACAUCCUCUCAAGGCGCUGGCAGUCCUGCCCGGCCUACUUCGGGUGCGGCAAUGCAGAAUAGGAACGUGCAAGCCAUGGCACGGCAGGCAUCGCAACAGCGUCCAGGCAGCCAAAGCAAUACACCACAGAUACCGCAGGGCACACCUGGUAUGGUCGCGGCAAUGCCUAACAGACAAAUGUCCGCAACUCCACGCAUGCCACCAGGCUCACCUGCAAUCAACAUCCAGGGCACGCCCACUAGCACUGGCGGCCUGAACAUAGCAAUGCAGACUCCGCAUAUGCAAAACACUCCUCAUCUGUCACAGGAGCAAAUGUUGAUGCUCCAGCAACAGCGCACCAACUUGCAACAAGCUGCCAUGCAAGGUCAUGCCGGCUCGCCGAACGGUAACAUACCCGCGGGGAUGACUGUCGAUCAAGUCCAGCACAUUCGCUUGGUGCAGGAUUUCAAGCGGCAACAGAACAUGGUCAGACAGCGGCAACACGCCCUCAUGGCUGCUAUUCAGAACCAGGGCGGUCAGAUGACGCCCCAGCAGCAACAGCAGCUUGGCCAGUUGCAGAAGAUGUCACAGGAUCAGGUGCGAAUGAUGCAGCAACAGCAAGCAGCCAUGGCCAAUGGCGGUCACGCCACGCCUAUGCCACAUGAUAUGCAACAGCAACAGCGCCAUCCGUCCGCAACACCACAGAUCGCGCACGCUCACCCACCACAGACACCCCAGCAGAUGCAGACUCCCGGCGGCCAGCAACAAGACAUGAACGCCAUAAUGCUACAACACCAAGCCGCUCAAAUGCGCGCCCAACAGAUCGGCCAGCAUCGUCAACAACUCAACCAACAACAAGCGCAGCAAAUGCAGCAGGCGCAACAAAACGCUCGCUCACAAGUUCAGCAAAUCGCCAGCCAAUUCGGCGGCAUCAACCGCAUCCCGCCCGCAGUGAUCCAACAGCUCGCCCCGCCCGUCCGCCAACUUAUCAUGGCGCAAACCCAAUCCCAGAGCUUGGCAAGACAGCAGGCCGCCAUGCGCGCCCAGCUGAAUAAUGCCAUGACCGUCGGUGCGGAUCAGCAGGUUCCUGCUAGCGCGCCGAACCCGGGCUACAUGGCGCAAUUGAGACAGCAGCAGGCGAAUUUGCUUCAGAUGCAAAAUAUGCAGCAACAGGCGGCGCAGAUGCAGCAGCAGAAUGGUGGGAUGGGCAUGAACGGUGGGCAGCAGCAGCAGGGAGGACAGCAGCAGGGUGGUGGCAACAAUAGCCUGGACCCGUUCUUUGCGAGUGCGGCAAACGCGCUGAAGCAGGGUGGAGGGCAGUAGAGCUGCGUCUUGUCUAGGUUAUCUGACGCUGGAAUGAUCGAACAGCGGAGGAGGCUUCUUUACGAGUCGGAUCAGUGUACUUAAUGUAUUCUUGGACAUUCGAAACACGAGCCAUAGCUGCUUAGUCAUGCUGUUGGACUUAUUAACGAUAGAUCACUCCUUUCCGGCGACCGCCGCUAUCACGUCACUCUGCGUUUCAUCUCUUAAGCAGCGUUCCUCAAGCGUCUCUCCAUAGGACUAUAUCCCGUCUUUCUCCGCAUGACCUCGAGGGAAGACCGCACACUCUCAUCCCUCAGCAGACCAAGGU